CCCUCUUUUUUUCUGGCCCUUUCCCAUCCUCUUCCGGAAAAAGGCCGGGAAGAGGACUGGAGGCCGGGCCGUUUGAAGCUUCAGUCGCGCAAUGGCAAGAAGUCAAGUGGAGGCACAUCUUAAAGAAGCUGGCCUUGAUUUCUUGAUUCAAUUUCUGGAUGAUUGGGGUGUUCAACACGUUGAGGAUCUGCAACUGCUCGAAGAGGAAGACUUGGAGAAAGCGGGGGUGAAGCUCGUGCCACGGCGGAGGUUCCGAAAGCUUCAGCAGUCGUUGCAGGAGCUCUCGGUGAUCUCCGUCCCAUCUCUGCCCAGCGAACAGUCUGAGUGGUGUCUGGAAGGUGAUGUGAGUCAUUCCUGGAAUUUGCCCAGCGAAACCCUGGAUUUCACAGAGCUGCUAGCGCAAAAACCCGGCCGAGUGCCGGUGUCCUGCUUCAAAGUCCAUGAUGGAGAGGCCAAGUUCAUUGAGACCCGUGAGCAUGUCCGUCGCGCGGUACAUUGGAAGCUGCGCCCGGAAGAGGGCUGGCAGUUUAUCACCAUGGAAUUCCCGGCCAAGAGCCUGGAGUUGAAAGUUGCCGUGGAGCGAUAUUCGAGCGGCUUCGAGCAUGGUGGCAGACGCUACUACUUUGUAUCUUCCAGCAAGGCCGACGCCUAUCCUCACGGACCGAGCGCCUGGCUGGCGGCCCCCCCCUUUGGCGGGUCUGAGCAGAUCGAUCUUGCGCUGGGCUUCGGGAAGGUCUUCAGGUUGGAGAAAGCCACAGCGCAGAUCCCAAAUCCCACGUUCCGCUUGAGAGCGCGAGUAAAGCAACUGUUUUCAUCCAUGAUUGUCUACAUGGAGGCCGUCCACCUCCAGAUCCAAGUCGUGCCGGAUUUCGUGGACGAGCAGCUCAUCCGCGACGACGGCGCGGGCGAAGCGGACCCCGAAAUCCUGGAGAUGUUGGCCGCCGCAGCCGGCGGUUGCGAGACCUUUGGCCUCAACCGCCUGGUUGGGGAUUCCGCGCAGAUCCGUUGCUCUGGGCUGAAGGGCAUGCUGAUCGCCAGCCCACGGCUCAAGGGCUCCAGAAAAGUGGAGGUGCCCGAGACCAUGCUGAAAUUUGGGGCCACAGAUUUUUCACAGGAAUGCUUGUCAGUGCUGAGCUUCAGCCGAGUUCGGCCCACCUCCUUGGGGCUGGAUGUGAUCCUCCGCUUGGAAGCUGCUCAGUGUGAUAUGAAGGCGCUGGUGCAGGGGCAUAAAAGGUACUUGCGGAGGGUGAGCCGAAUGGAUGGCUUCAGGGCGGGUGCCUUCGAUGGGCUCUAUUACGACCUGCAUGAUGAGAAGACCAUGACUGAGCCCGAAAUCUGGAGCCAAAAGACGUACAUCGGGACUCACUUGGAAUUGCUCCUGUGUGGCUUCGACCCGCACCAGCACCCAUUGUUGGAGGUGAUUUUGCGUCAGAAGGAGGCGGCUUUGAAGAAGGCCAUGAAGCACGUGCAUCUGAGAGGUUGUUGGUCAGCGCGUGGCCACCCCGAGCCCCAGGGAGAGGGCGGCUCUUUGGAGUUGAAGGACAAUGAGAUUUUCUUGAUGGUGCCCUGCGAUGCUGAGGAGAGUGGUUGGAGGGCAUUGACUGGUGAGGUGAUUAUUAAUUAUCUCUCCGAUCGAGAUCCGAAUUCCUUGAGACUGGCCGUGGCCAAGGAUUCAGAGGCCUUGCGCGCCAAGUGUGCUCCUGGCGCACUCUUCUUUUCCAAAAAGGGACGGCCGCUACAGGUGAACUUGUCCUGGGACUUUGAUGGUGAUUAUUUCCAGGUCAUCACGCAGGAAGAGGUGGUGAGUUCAUUUCGAGGUGAGACUGCACCAGGUCCCCUUCCACGCUUUAAAGAUCCUCAAUUGACAGAUGUUGUCAUCAACAGCUUGGUCGAUGUACAUGCGCACUUCCUGUUAGAGUACCCUCCGAGGGAGGAGAUCGGGCUACACCACUGGCAGUGGCAGAUGAAGGCCGGAGAAGGGCCUUUGGCCGCCUCUUCACUGGAAGGAAGACAGACAGCAGCAGCGUACUGCAAAUCUUUGGAUGUGGAGAAGGGGAAGCCGUUGCCCAAGCUUGGGCCUUAUCCUAAUGGCCCCAGAUGGGAUUUCAUGAACAAGAAGGAAGGGGCGCAGACCGUUCACUCGCAGACCUCUGCUGGGGAGUGCUACCGGCAAGCAGCCAAAGCCUUUGAGGAGUUUCAAGCGGCAAAGGCUCCAGGAGAGAGAGGAGCAGAUGCGGAUCUCAUGAAGGCGUGGAAAGGACUCUGUGAUGAGCUUGGGCCACCAAAGUGUGAAGCGAUGAAGAAGCUGGCCGCAAGGGUAAGAGGAGACUGGGCACAGAACAUCAGGGAUGGGUGCAACCGGGCAGAACGUGAGGCUGGAGGCAACCCGAACGCUUGCAUGGAUGAGGAGCUGCGAGGUGAAUGGCUCACGCACCUCCAAAAGCGAGUCCAAGAAGAAGUCGAGCGGCAGAAUUUUACCCUGACCCAACUUGCGCUGGCGGCUUGGCAUAUGAAGUACGUGGAUCAGGGCGUCUCAUUGGAGAAGAAAGAUCCGAGUCCCAGCUUUCCCUGGGUCCUCUUCCGGGAAGAGCUGCUGCAAUGGAAGGAGCACGGGCAGGGUUGCCCGAAGCGCCAGCUUCGCAAAAACCAUGCGCUUUUGCGAAAGCUCCAGCGCAACAUUUCAGAAGCCAUGACUGACGCAGAUAAGGAAGCCAAGGUGAAAGAAGCCAUCCAAGGUUUAAGAGGCCAUAUGAAGUGCCAGCAGUGCUUAGAUACCAGGACAAAACUCUUGUCCGAUUUGCACCUGGGUUCAUGGUCGGCAGCUGCUGAGGCUGUGAGGGGAAUUGCAGGUAGAGGCGAGGUCGAAGAAGUGGAUUGCGAGGAGCUUCGGUUUGCCAAGGCUUUCAUUUCGGACACCUUGGAACAUGGGAAGCAGCCAGGUGCUAAACUACAGGAGUUGGUUGAUCAGUUGGUCACAGGUCAGGAAAGCUUCAGAAAGCUGGAGUUGACGGCUGUCCGGUUCCAUGGUGAGCUCUACGUGGUGGAGGGUAACCACCGAUUGUGGUGUAUCAAGGAGGCUCAGAGGCGUCUUCAGAAGAAGCUAUCAGUUUCAGUGCGGGUCCCCAACCUGUACUUUGGGUUCAUUCACAGGCAAGAGCACAAGGAGCCUGCGCUGCCAUACUUCUUGCAGAGAUUUGAUCCACGAUUUGAAGGGAAAGAGGUUGAGGUGCAAGUCUUGAACAAUGAGAGUCCAAAGGCUACAGAACAUGACUCACAACUAGGCACAGGUGCAAGCCAGCAACGUCCUUCUUGCCCCAAGUGUGGUGGUGGCAUGGUGGAGCGCGCCAACAGAAGCGAUGGGUCAAAGUUCUUGGGCUGCGCCAACUACUUUGCUUCCGGGUGCAAUGGUACGAGAAGCCUUCCAGAUCAGACUGUGGGCCCACCAAGCUCGACAUCGUUUCAGCAGCCGUCCCCAGCGGCAGCAAGCCCUUCUUGCCCCAAGUGUGGUGGUGGCAUGGUGGAGCGCGCCAACAGAAGCGAUGGGUCAAAGUUCUUGGGCUGCGCCAACUACUUUGCUUCCGGGUGCAAUGGUACGAGAAGCCUUCCAGAUCAGACUGUGGGCCCACCAAGCUUGACAUCGUUUCAGCAGCCGUCCCCAGCGGCAGCAAGCCCUUCUUGCCCCAAGUGUGGUGGUGGCAUGGUGGAGCGCGCCAACAGAAGCGAUGGGUCAAAGUUCUUGGGCUGCGCCAACUACUUUGCUUCCGGGUGCAAUGGUACGAGAAGCCUUCCAGAUCAGACUGUGGGCCCACCAAGCUCGACAUCGUUUCAGCAGCCGUCCCCAGCGGCAGCAAGCCCUUCUUGCCCCAAGUGUGGUGGUGGCAUGGUGGAGCGCGCCAACAGAAGCGAUGGGUCAAAGUUCUUGGGCUGCGCCAACUACUUUGCUUCCGGGUGCAAUGGUACGAGAAGCCUUCCAGAUCAGACUGUGGGCCCACCAAGCUCGACAUCGUUUCAGCAGCCGUCCCCAGCGGCAGCAAGCCCUUCUUGCCCCAAGUGUGGUGGUGGCAUGGUGGAGCGCGCCAACAGAAGCGAUGGGUCAAAGUUCUUGGGCUGCGCCAACUACUUUGCUUCCGGGUGCAAUGGUACGAGAAGCCUUCCAGAUCAGACUGUGGGCCCACCAAGCUCGACACCGUUGACUUGCUAGCCUGAAGUUUGCUUGUUUUGGCCAAUGCCUUUGUUGAUGUACAGCUCCAAUAGUUCCACGAGGUGCCGUGGCAGCUGCGUGCAGUCACAGCAGAC